AUGUUUACAUGUGUCUCUGUCUUUCUUGCUGACAUUGUCUCAUGUGUCUCCGUCUUCCUUGCUGACAUUGUCUCAUGUGUCUCCGUCUUUCUUGCUGACAUUGUCUCAUGUGUCUCCGUCUUCUGUGCUGACAUUGUCUCGUGUGUCUCUGUAUCCUUGCUAACAUUGUCUCAUGUGUCUCCGUCUUCCUUGCUGACAUUGUCUCAUGUGUCUCCGUCUUCCUUGCUGACAUUGUCUCGUGUGUCUCCGUCUUCCUUGCUGACAUUGUCUCAUGUGUCUCCGUCUUCCUUGCUGACAUUGUCUCAUGUGUCUCCGUCUUCCUUGCUGACAUUGUCUCAUGUGUCUCUGACUUCCUUGCUGACAUUGUCUCAUGUGUCUCCUUCUUCCUUGCUGACAUUGUCUCGUGUGUCUCUGUCUUCCUUGCUGACAUUGUCUCAUGUGUCUCUGUCUUCCUUACUAACAUUGUCUCAUGUGUCUCCGUCUUCCUUGCUGACAUUGUCUCAUGUGUCUCUGACUUCCUUCCUGACAUUGUCUCAUGUAUCUUCGCCUUCCUUGCUGACAUUGUCUCAUGUGUCUCCGUCUUUCUUGCUGACAUUGUCUCAUGUGUCUCCGUCUUCUGUGCUGACAUUGUCUCAUGUGUCUCCUUCUUCUUUGCUGACAUUGUCUCGUGUGUCUCUGUCUUCCUUGCUGACAAUGUCUCAUGUGUCUCUGUCUUCCUUACUAACAUUGUCUCAUGUGUCUCCGUCUUCCUUGCUGACAUUGUCUCAUGUGUCUCCUUCUUCCUUGCUGACAUUGUCUCAUGUGUCUCCGUCUUCCUUGCUGACAUUGUCUCAUGUGUCUCCGUCUUCCUUGCUGACAUUGUCUCAUGUGUCUCUGACUUCCUUGCUGACAUUGUCUCAUGUGUCUCCUUCUUCCUUGCUGACAUUGUCUCGUGUGUCUCUGUCUUCCUUGCUGACAAUGUCUCAUGUGUCUCUGUCUUCCUUACUAACAUUGUCUCAUGUGUCUCCGUCUUCUGUGCUGACAUUGUCUCGUGUGUCUCUGUAUCCUUGCUAA